CAAUGUCUUCGAAGUGCUCUGUUGUACUGCUCUUGGGCCUGGUUAUUGUGGUAACGGGAAGUCUAGAAGUACCCAAGAUCAAGCACCUGAAACAGCAGACACAGUUGCUGAGCGAACAGAAUCCUAAAAAUGGUCCCGCUUGCUUUUCCGUCUACAGACCAAAACUGGAUAGUAUCUCAACACAGUAUGAGGUUGAGUACACAAGCUGCAACUCCGAAUUUGCUGAGCAGAAUGCUCUAGAGGAUUUAAAGUGGCAGACUCGUUACUCUCAGUUGGAUGAGAAUGCAGUUUCGGCUUGUCGCGCGCUUACCGACUGCUCCGCAAUUGUGGGCUACGUGGAAGCUUUCGAGUGCUACGCCCAGAUGGGUGCUGAGCAAUCCAGGGCAAUGUACACUCUAUCUGCGAAUGCCCUUCAACUGGCUACGGAAAUGAGAGAAUACUACCAGCUGAUUGAAACCACAAAGACAAUCUGCAUCAACAAUGCUGAGAGGACUUAUGUUGAGAGUGCUACAAAAGACUACGAGCAACUGCACACCUGCCUUAUGGGCAACGUUUCACCACAUUCGACAACACCCAAUUAUACUCCUCGUUAUACUACCUAUCCUACUACUACUACUAAACGAGCUCCUACUACUACACCUCGUACUACUACACCACGUCCUACAUAUAAUACAGGCGAUUGGUUUAGUACUCCUACUACUCCUAGAUCAUCUCCUACUACUACACCUCGUACUACUACACCCCGUCCUACUUAUAAUACAGGCGAUUGGUUUACUUCUACCACUGCUAUAUAUGGUCCUCCUCCUCCUCCAAGAAUGUAAUCAUUAUUAAAUAAUAAAUAAAUAUGCUCAAAUAAAA